AUGACUAAGGUCCACUACGACAGCGUCCUAGUCAUCAUCAACAGACUCACAAAGUACUCAUACUUCAUCCCGUAUAUGGAGUCUAGCACCGCAGAAGACCUCGCCUAUAAGUUUCUGCAGGUGAUUGUUAGCCAACACGGAAUGCCGAAGGAAAUCGUGUCCGACAGAGACAAGUUGUUCACUUCCAAGUUUUGGAGAUCACUGAUCUCGCAGCUGGGAUCUGAUCACAAGAUGUCCACCGCUUUUCAUCCGCAAACCGAUGGCCAGACAGAACGAAUCAAUCAGAUCAUGGAAACCUAUCUACGCUGCUACGUCAACUACCAGCAAGACAACUGGGUGCAAUUGCUACCUAUGGCCCAGUUUGCCUACAACAGCGCACCUAUGGAGAACCACGACAAGGCCCAGCAGCUCUGA